AUGUCUACAGAAGAAUUUUCACAGACUUUAGAGUCUUUGUUAGCUGUAAAGCCACCAGGUGUUUCUGGAUCCAAGAUUCGAAAGCUCACGCAGUUGGCAAUCGGCUCUGUCCAGUCCGAGUCAGUCAUUGUACAGAAGCUUUACACUCAUUUUAAGAAAACACCAGUAGCCAAUAAACUAGGCGUUUUAUACGUUGUUGAUGCUAUUGUUCGUGGACUUUACGAUGAAGCCAAGAAGGCAGACCAAAAUCUUGUGUCUGAUGCACCCGAAGGUACAUUUGCGGGUGGAGUUGCCCAUAUCGCUUUUAUUAUAGACGGUUUGAUUGAUGAUUUUGUUGAUAGUCAUCAACCGGUGGAAAUCAUUGAAAAGGCUCUCAAAGUGCUCAGUAUAUGGGAGAAAGGAGGAACUUUUCCCCCUCCCUUGGUUAAAAAAAUGAGAGAAAAGAUGGAGAGAGAGUUAAGAAAUCAAAAAGAGAGUGAUGGUAUUCCAUUGUUAUCUACUACGCCACCCGGGUCGCCACCUGCUCAUGCCAUCGCAGCGGCAGAAUCUUAUGCAGAGGCCUCGAAGAAAUUUAGUGUCAAUCCCACUGUUACUACUCUACCGUCAGCUGCUAAUAGUACUAUCCCAAGCGCCAAACCCGAUACCGCUUCUAUAUUGCAGGCGCUAGCUAAUAUCGCAAAACAGAAGCAGUCUUCCAGUGGAUCAUCGCCAAAUCUAAACUCUGGCUCUAUUCCUAACAUUUUUCCACUUCCUUCUUCAAGCGGCUCUGCCUCCUAUACUCCAGCUUCUGUAGCAGGGAACUCUUGGGAGCCAACUCGCUCUGAUCGGAGUCGCUAUAAUGAUCAGGAAUCACAUAGAAGAGCAUCGCGGUCUCGCUCUCCGGCAACAAGAGACUCCAGGUCGCGGAGUCCUGCUAUUUCAUCAAACUCACCAAAUAUGCCUUCGAAAUUCAAAAUAGAUCAAUCACUACCCCCUGGUCAUGUGAGAGUAUUCAGUCGUACUCUAUUUUUGGGUGGUCUUUUGCCAAAUGUUACUGAAAUGGAAGUCAGUGACACGUUUAAUCAAUUUGCUAAAAUCCAAAGUAUCAUAUUUAGUCAAGAAAAGCGACAUGCAUUCCUUAAGUUUUUCAAUCGUGAUGAUGCUGCCACGGCCAAAGCUAAAGUGGACGAGCUAAAUUCGAAGGGAAGGAGUAGUUUACGGCCCAGAUGGGGUGCCGGUUUUGGACCACGAGAUUGCUGCGACUUUCCUACCGGAGUUAGUGUGAUCCCGCUAAAUCGUCUGUCAGACUCUGACCUUAGGUGGGCGGCAACAGCUUCAAAUGGAGGAACUGGUGGUUAUCCUCUAAAGGAGUUUAUGUGCAUCGAAGAGCCUGAUAUUGCCAUUGGAUCCGGGAAUAGAUCCCAGAACAAUGAUUCAAGAGCAGGGAACCGUGAUUUUGAUCGCGAGAGGUACAGAGACAGGGACCACCAUCGAACCGAGAGCUGGGAGGAGCGUCGAGAUAACAGGGGCAGUUUUAGGGAUAGGCGAAAUAGCAGAGAUGGCCUCAGAGAUCGAGGUGGGCGGGAGGAAAGAGAUACCCGUAGCAUCAGGGGCCCAGGUGUGCCUUCGGUUCCUUACAGGUCCCAGGUGGACCCAAUUCAAGGCGAACUCCCAUCAAUGGCCAACAUGCCUCCGGGAUUUCAAGAGCUUCUUUCGAGUAUGUCAGCACAACAGCAGCAAGGGGGUCCCAUCCCAUUUCCUCCUUUCCCGUUUCCUAUGGGGUCAGCGCCAUCAGGAGCUCAGUCCUUACAAGGCUCCAAUCGUGGCCCACAACCAGGUCUGAACGGCCUGCCAUUCACAAUGACACCCGAAAUGGCCCAGUUUCUUCAACAACAGAAGCAGAACCAAAAAUAA